AGUAGCAAAGCUCCCUGCUCGCGGCAAGCCCAACACCAUGGGGAAGGGAAACACCUUGGAGGCAGCACCUCCCACCUCAGCCUACCGCUCUGUCAUGGAGGAGUAUGGUUACGAGGUGGGCAAGAUUAUUGGCAAUGGCUCCUAUGGGACGGUGUACGAGGCUUACUACACAAAGCAGAAGGUCAUGGUGGCUGUCAAGAUUAUCUCAAAGAAGAAGGCGUCCGAGGACUAUCUUAACAAGUUCCUGCCCCGCGAGAUACAGGUAAUGAAGGUCCUGCGGCACAAGUACCUCAUCAACUUCUAUCAGGCCAUCGAGACCACAUCCCGGGUAUACAUCAUUCUGGAGCUGGCUCAAGGUGGUGACGUCCUUGAAUGGAUCCAGCGCUACGGGGCCUGCUCUGAGCCCCUUGCUGGCAAGUGGUUCUCCCAGAUGACCCUGGGCAUCGCCUACCUGCACAGCAAGGGCAUUGUGCACCGGGACUUAAAGUUGGAGAACCUAUUGCUGGACAAGCGGGAGAAUGUGAAGAUAUCGGACUUUGGCUUCGCCAAGACGGUGCCUUCUAGCCAGCCUGUGCGCAGUAGCCCUUCCUACCGCCAAGUGAACUGCGUUACCCACCUCAGCCAGACCUACUGUGGCAGCUUUGCUUAUGCCUGCCCGGAGAUCCUGCUGGGCUUGCCCUACAACCCUUUCCUGUCUGACACCUGGAGCAUGGGGGUCAUCCUCUACACUCUAGUGGUUGCCCGUCUGCCCUUUGAUGACACCAAUCUCAAGAAGCUGCUGAAAGAGACUCAGAAGGAGGUCACUUUUCCAUCUAACCACACCAUCUCCCAGGAGUGCAAGAACCUGGUCCUCCAGAUGCUAUGCCAAGCCACCAAGCGUGCCACCAUCCUGGACAUCAUCAAGGAUCCCUGGGUGCUCAAGUUCCAGCCUGAGCAACCCACCAAUGAGAUCAGGCUGCUCGAGGCCAUGUGCCAGUUCCCCAGCACCACUAAUCGCCAGUCCUUGGAAAUCAGUACCUGA